GUAAUGCUCCAGCUAUAAUAGCUAAGGGUGGCUUCUCGGGGUUAUUCCCCGAUUCCAGCGGAAGUGCAUAUAGUUUCGCAUUGAUCGCCAGUUCGCCCGCUACAACUUUAUGGUGUGACGUGCGGCUAACGAAGGAUAGCAUUGGAAUUUGCCUGCCGGAUUUGAAGUUGGACAAUUGCACCAAUAUUCAAUCCUUUUAUCCUGAGGGAAGCAAGGACUAUGUUGUUAACGGCGUGGCGACAUCAGGGUGGUUUCCUGUGGACUAUAACAGCACCGAGCUGUCGCAAGUUUCUCUACAACAGGCCAUCUAUACUCGCACCAACCUAUUCGACUACAGCCUUUUCGCUAUAUUCAGGGUUGAGGACAUCGAAUCUCAAUUCAAGUCACCCGCUAUUUGGUUGAAUGUGCAGCAUGACAUGUUCUACACCCAACACAAUCUUAGCAUGAGAAACUAUAUUAUAGCAAUAUCAAAGCGUGUUGUUAUAAGCUAUAUCUCAUCUCCUGAAGUUAGCUUCCUCACCAGCAUAGCUGCGAGAGUAAGCAGCAAAACGAAGCUCGUCUUCCGCUUUCUUGAUGCAACAAUUGCUGAACCUUCGACGAACCAAACAUACGGUUCACUGUUGAAGAACCUUACUUUCAUUAAGACCUUCGCAUCCGGGAUUCUUGUUCCGAAAAACUAUAUAUGGCCUGUGACGUCCGACAAUUAUUUACAGCCCUCUACUUCGGUUGUGACUGAUGCCCAUAAAGCAGGGCUGGAAAUUUAUGCUGCAGAUUUUGCGAAUGACAACUCGUUUAGCUACAACUACAGUUAUGAUCCGUUGGCUGAGUAUCUCAAUUUCAUUGACAAUGGCAUUUUCUCUGUCGAUGGUGUGGUGUCGGACUUCCCUAUAACCCCAUCAGAGGCUGUAGGUUGCUUCUCCAGCUUAAACAAAAGCAGCUUGGAUCACGGAAAGCCUGUAAUUAUCUCACACUAUGGUGCGAGUGGAGACUACCCGGACUGUACCGAUUUGGCUUAUCAAAAAGCAGUUGAUGAUGGCGCUGAUGUUAUUGACUGUCCCGUUCAAGUAACUGAAGAUAGGAUACCUAUAUGCAUGAGUUCUAUUAAUUUGAUGGAUGAUACUACUGUUUCCUUAUCAAACUUCAGCAGUCUCUCCUCUGUUAUCCGGGAGCUUCAGAGUGGUCCUGGCAUUUUCACCUUCAAUCUCACUUGGGCUGAGAUUAAGACCUUACAACCUAUGAUUUCAGCUCCCGAGAGCAUUUACCAUCUGCAAAGAAACCCAAGAUACAAAAAUGCAGGAAAUUUCAUGAAGUUAUCUGACUUUUUGGCCUUCGCAAAGGGCAAGGAUUUAUCCGGAGUUUUGAUUACCGUAGAG